AUGCUGCCGGCGGCAGCGGCAGGGGGAGGCGACGGGGGGGAGACGGUAGCUGCGGCGGGGAUGGGGAAGGGCAGCUGCGAACGUCGCCAGCGCGCGUUGCCAUGGGCGUGCGAGGGGGUGAGCGAGCGCGAGGAGCGGCGGUCGGAGGCGGCGGCGGCCGUAGCAAGCAGCAGCAUCAGUGCAGGUAGCAGCGGGGGCGUGGGUGGGGGCCCGACUAGGCAGUGGCCCAUAGGGCCAAACGGGCUUGGGCGGUGGAUCAGGCGCGGGGCGCCAGGACGCCCGCCCGCAGAGACCGUGGCUGUCCGCCUCCGGCGGCAGUGGCGAGGCCACGGCGAGUGGCCGGAGCGGCGGAAGCCAGAGGCGGAGAUGAGCGAGGUGGCUGCGGUGAUGGUGCCGGCGGCAGCCGCAGGGGGAGGCGACGGGGGGGGCGGAAACGGUAGCUGCGGCGGGGAUGGGGAAGGGCAGCAGUGGCUGCGAACGUCGCCAGCGCGCGCGGCCAUGGGUGCGCGAGGGGGGGGGGUGAGCGAGCGCGAGGAGCGGCGGUCGGAGGCGGCGGCGGCCGUAGCAAGCAGCAGCAUCAGUGAAGGUAGCAGCGGGUAG